AUGGGGCGAGAUGCCGCGGCGCCGCCCGCCGCCCGGGCGCCCGGCGCUGGGGGGCCCCCGGCGGGACCGCCGCUGGCCUUCCGCGACGGCCCACGGGUGAGCAGCGGCGCCUGGGUGGGCGCGUGCCACAGCGCGCCGGCGAGCCUGGGCGCGGCCGAGGCCGCCUGCGGAGCGGACGCCGAGUGCGUGCUGCUGCACGACGCCCGCUGCGAUGGCGAGCACGUGCGCCGCUGCUGGCGGGGAGCGGAGCUGGUGGAGCUGGUCGACGACAGGAGGGAUAGCGAUGGGUGCACGAGAAGUGGUGGACGAUCCGGCGGGCGAGAAGGAGGACGUCGUCGUGGUGCCGGCCGUUCACAAGAGGUGGGGCGAGCCUUCGUCGCCUAG